AUCGAGUACCCCUCCGGGCUUUGAAUUUGUCUUCUAAAGUUGUACUAAGCUCAUUAAAAAAAUAAAUAAAAGAGGAAAAGCCCAUUAAGUAACUGCUUCUCACAACAAUAUUUUCGGUGGAACGUGAUAACUUCCUUUUCCCUUUGCUCUGAUUUCCUGGUUCUAGCGAUGACGAUUUAGAACGUUAUUUACGCUGGUCAAGGAGUGAAAAGCAACGAGUUUGCGUGACAAACACUUUAACGAAAUAAACAGCAAGUCUAGUCGAUCAAAGGGGGAACUAUUUUCGCCUUCCGAUAUCUUACACAAUGGAAACACUGUGCGCGUCUGCUGAAACUAAGUAAACAGAGCUUUGACCCCAUGCGAGUGAAAGAGACAGUGACGCAUUUUCUGUUAAACACAAGAUAAAGGCAAAUCGAAUAAAUUUAUUCUUGUCGUGGUCUGAAUUGAAACAGCCGGUGAGAACAUCUCAUUAUCAGGUUCAUUGUAGGCUUAUUUUUGUACUUUUCGAGUUUGAUGCAGAAGAUAAAUAUUAGUGAGCGACAGUUGUCAAAUACGAAUUGUUUACCUAGGCUGUAUCUGAUAUCUGUCUACAUGACCGCUCCUGUAAUAAAUCAGAGUAAACAGUUUAGGUCGCUCGAGGUAUGGAUGUUCUUUAAACAACAUGCUGAAAUGCUCAUUUACCCGAUCCUGUGCCUAAAGAGAGGCUGGAAAAUACAAAGAUAGCCAACAGACAUGGAAAAGUGUCCGUCAACUGCGGUAUGGCGAGUUCUUCUUGUCCUGUGCAUGUACUUUAUCACCCAAGGCCUUUUAGUUACUGGCACAAGCCUCGGGGGUGAUAUAAUUGUUGAUACAAACCUUACCCUGAAUGGAACACCUUACACUGUGUCCCAAGAUCUCGUUGUAGCCGAAAAUGCCACCUUAACCAUUCAACCCGGAGUCCAGCUACACUUUCACGGUGGAGUCGCUUUGAGAGUGAAAGGUUCCCUGCAGGCAAAGGGAAACUCCCGUGAUCGAGUUGUUUUCACCAAAAUGCAGAGGAACAGCUCAGGAUAUCUGGACGAUUUGAACGGCACAAAUCCUUACCACAGUGGAAUUCGUCUUCACAAUGGAAGUAGCUAUACAGUCGGACGGCUGGAAAUCUUCCUCAAUGGAAAAUGGGGAACUGUAUGCAAUGACGGCUGGCAAAUGGAGGAUGCUCAGGUUGCUUGCAGACAGUUGGGUUUUCUUGGAGCCAAACGGUACUACACACACGGUGGAGGGAGUGGACCAAUUUGGCUAUCUAACGUGGACUGCCAUGGAACGAGUCACGAAACUCUAAGUCUGCUGCAAUGCAGGCAUGAUGGGAUUGGAAGACACUCUUGUAAUCAUCGGGAGGAUAUUGGGUUAGAAUGCGAAAGUCUGGUCAAAUUCGUUCUCUGGAAAGGUAUCGAGUUUUCUGGCUCAAACAAUAACUCCAUAGUCGGGUAUGUUGACAUCUCCCAAGCAUAUGAAGCAAUUAGUGGCAGGGGAUUUCUUCCAAGCCUCGAUCACGUGCGAAUUGAAAGCUCUGUAUACGGAGUGAGGUCUGUAAACUCGAGUUUUCAACUGAACAUGCGCAAUAGUAAUGUCAGCAAUAGCCGUUUUACUGGUAUCCACAUCAAAGGAGGACAUAAGAGUGUCACGCUGGAGAACUCUGUGGUGCAGAAAACAACUCUCGGUCACGGAAUGUUCUACGAUGGCAAUGCCCCUGAUACUGUCGAUUUUUGUUCCUAUGAUGUGAACAAUAACACAGCCUCCUUUCCAUUAGUUUUCCAAGCGUUUGGCAAGGCAUAUUCCGCUGUCGAUUGUGCCAAGGUAAUACGAGCUGAGCCGGGGCAGCAUUUGGCUGUGCACUAUCAAUCCAUCUCUGGGGCGUAUUUUGAGCUUCACGUCUACGACGGAAAUUCAACCAACGCAACAAAGCUCAUGCUCCUGACUCAGUCGACAGGUGUCAAUCAAGCUGUCACGCCAUCUUCAAGUUCUGGUCACGAACUAUACCUAAGGUUUCGAUUUAGAGGUGGCAGUUCAGACACCAGGAUAAAAUUCAUUGUGACCGGUGAUAGAGAUUGUUGCUCUCUCAGAAUAUCCCGCUGUGCAUUCAGUGAUAACCAAGGAAAUGGUUUCUCCUUGGCAAAUUUCAUAGGAAAAAUGAAGAUUUCCUGGACUUCUGUGUUAAGGAACCAAGGCGAUGGUCUGACGGUACACGGAUUUUAUGGGACGUUGGAAAUAUCCGAUACUCAUAUGAUUAACAACAGCGCCAACGGUCUCAGAAGGUCAUACAGCAGCAUUAAGUCAUGUACAGUUCAUCGACUUUUUUCCAAAACUAAUGCCCAGAAUGGACUUUAUUUCUGGCACGUUGCUCUAAAAGGUAACGUUUCUGACACAGUUUUUAACGGAAACGCUUACAACGGACUUGCGAUGGCUUACGGAGCCGGUGAGGUUGAAUUUUGGAACGUAAGCUUUGUUUUAAAUAAGCAAUGUGGAGUAAGGUUUUCUGAUGGGAAAGUUUCUACCGACUUCAAAUAUUGCGAUUUCUCUCGCAACAGUCAAGAUGGCGCUUACAUUUCAAACGAGGCGGGAUCCCAUCAAAUUUUUAACUGUACUGCAACUUUAAACUCGAGAUAUGGUAUUAGCUUGUGCGAUCCUUCAAGUUAUAUCUCUCAGCAAAAACAGUACUUUAACACGUUUACUUUAACAGGUUGCGUGAUCAGUGAAAACACCCAAUUGGGUGUUAAGUUAGCCCUGGAGACACAUACUUCCAGUGUUAAUAUUACAAUCAACAAAAAUCACAUUACACAUAACAACGGAGGAGGCAUUAUCUUGGCCCCAGACCACAACCAGUGGUAUUUUGAUAAGCAAAGAAGAGUGACGGCUCUUUUGGUGAACAAUCACUUUGAGCAGAACAAAGUGAAUACAAUUUACGUUUACUGCACAGGUUUUCUAGGACUAGACGCUUUUAUCGAGUCAAACCUGUUCGUGAACAACACGGAAAAUGUGAUUAAACUUUUCGACGAUUACAAUUGCGGUAGCUAUAGGAGGAACCCUGUCCGUGUCAAAAUCAUCAGGAACACAUUUACAAAGAACCGUGUCGAAAAUGCCAUAUUUAUCGACCAAUACUCAUAUCCUGGAUUGCGAUCGGCCACGUUGACAAAUAACACUUUUGAAGACAACGAACCUCAAGUGAAAGAUCUUUUUCCAGAGUUUUUUAAACGGCUAACACGUCGGGCGAUAAUUGUUAUCCAAGAAGGCAAUUUUACUUUGCGUGAAAACAUCUUUGAAAAUCCCGCCUUCGCUUAUGAAAUCUCUACGUUGCUUCGUGAUCAUCAUCGGAUUAGUGACGCCAAGUUUAACUGGUGGGGCUCAUCAGAUGAAUGCAGAAUUGUGGAGAGGAUGUUUGAUUUUCAACACAGAGUUCAGCUCUCGCAGGUAGAUUUCUACCCGUUUUUACUUUCCUCUGAAAAACGUGCUGUUAGUUCCAACACUUCAAGACCAACCUGUUUCCUACGAGGCUCAAGUAUAGGUGGAAUCGUGGAUAGAAAAAUCACCUUGUCAACUGAUGACUCGCCUUACCAUGUCCUAGAUGACAUCAUCAUCCUGACCAACGGCAUUUUAGUAGUACCAAAAAAUGUUACUAUUAUGUUUCCUUCCAGAUCAGCCAUGGUUGUACGUGGUACUCUUCUUGUCAAUGGAACCCAAAGUGAAAAAGUUAGAUUUACGAAAAAAAUCCACCAGGGAGCAUUUCGUUUAGAUGGGGGUGCUGGUCCGUGGGAAGGUAGAUUGAAUUUUCUUGUUAAUGGCACUUGGUGGCCGAUGUGCCUUCCGUACGGCAGGUCGUUUACCUCGGAAGCCAAAAUCAUUUGCCAACAACUUGAUCUUACCUAUUAUUCUUACAGUCUUAUAUACCCCUCUGGAAACGAACCCGGUUUUCUUCAUAACGUUGUCUGCGAUGAGAAUAUAGACAACGACAUAAUGAACUGUAGCACCAAAACAUGGAGUUAUGGAUCUUCAUGUGGAGGGUAUAUCGUUGACGUGUUCUGUCGACAGUACAACUGGGCGGGACUUCACUUAACCAUGACAUUAUAUCAAAAUGUUCUACGCCACUUGGAGAUAUCCGAUGCUGGCUUCGCUUAUCGCAGUGACAUCCAAAUUCCUGGUGCAGCUCUCAAGGUAGACUUCCACCAUCAUAAUGUUCAUAUAAGUAACCUUUUCAUAAACAACUCUGUGGGUUCUGGUAUGGAGGUGGUAUAUCAGAGUCCGUUUCACUACACAUCGUUGAUGCCCCAUUCUACAAUAUCAAAUACGAAGUCGCAUGGUAUUCUCUCGCGUUCCCCUACGCUUAUUGUUACAGACAUAAAAAUGGCAAGAAACAGUGGUAAUGGAUUUGAAUUUAAAAGCGCGGCAAGCUCCUGGGAAAAUAUAUGCAAAUUUACUGCCAAAAUGGCCAGCCAAGACAUGAGUAAUGUUUUCCGCGUCUGCUCCGAGAAUGAAACUUUUCUACCAGCCGGUAAAGUAUUUCACUUUACCUUGGAGACAUUAGAAGAAAGCUUGCAGUUCAGAUGCCACCAUAUCAUGAAAACGGAACUCGGACAUAGAAUUGUCAUCCAAGAACUUUACAAAUCGUCGCAGUGGUAUGAAUCCAAUAUAUACCUGAACGUGCACAAUGGAAUAAAGGCAUCACAAAGGUUCCCAUGUAAGAUGGGCCUGUCAUCAUGGGAUAAUCAACCAAUCUUCAAAUCAUCGAAUUCUUCUAUUAUUUUUGACUUUUACAAGCGUGCUGGAAUCAGUGGAGUGAUCAACUUUUUUGUGUUUACAGUCAAAGAAAGAGAAAAAUCUGGAUACACGAGCGGAGAAAUCAGGAUAGCACGAACAACGAUUGCCAGUAGCGUUCAGGGAGGCGUUCUGAUUGGAGGUGCCAUGUUGAAAUAUCUCAGCAUUGUUGACACAGAGGUUUUUGCCUCGAAAGAGUUUGGCAUCAGUCUAGGACCGAUCGGCAUCGAGGUUAUCAAAAUCACCUCAACAAAUCUCAGUCAGAACAAGCGAGGAAUUGUCAUACAACAUCUUACUUCUAAAGAACUUACUAUACAAAACUGUGUUGUUAACAGCUCGCUUCUACAUGGAGUAUAUAUAUCAAUAGAGGGAAGAUCUCACGUUGACAGCGACGUUAUCACGAUGGUUAACUCGACCAUUACAGCGAGUGGUGACCGUGGAUUCAUGAUCUAUGAUAGCGCAUACGUUUUUAAACCUGAUUUAUUAUUGACUGGUAAUACAUUUUCUUUGAACAAGAAAGGAGCCAUUAACUAUUAUUUCUCUUCUUAUCACCACGGCCAUCCCCCUGCCAUAAAAACAAAGUCUAAUAAUUUUUUUCGCAACCAAGGACCCACUGUUGAAAUUUCAAUCAACAGGAAUAUUGAUGCAAGUUUUGUAUUCACCAAUAACACUUUCAGCGAGAAUCAAGGCUUUGCUGUUUUCUUGUUGAAGUCUAUGUCCUCGCGAUAUGGGCGGAGAUCGACCUUAAUUAUUCAGCGAAAUUUAUUUCUGGCGAAUCGUUGCCCAGCCAAUGGAGUGAUUAAUAUUGGCAGAUGGGCAAGUCGUGACAGCUUCGAAAUUUAUAAAAACAACUUUACGCUGAAUGAAGGACCCUGCGUGUUUUUAGAAGGCGCGGCCUCUUAUGUUCAAAUUUCGCUACAAAAUAAUCUGUUCAAAGAGAAUCGUUGUGCAGAUAGGAAUGUGAUAGAGGUUCUUCGCCUGGAAGAGCAGUUGACGUUGGAAAACAACAUCUUCACAGGGAACGAAGCACAGGGUGUGGUUCUGCUUCAAGUAGUCUAUAACAUCUAUCCAUCCAUUCAAAGAAAAAAGGUCGUCUUUACUAAUAACACCAUCUUCAAUAAUAUUCCACCCUCGUCAGCUGAAUUAUCAAGCGCAAGUGGCGCAUGCGCUUUUGUCCUUUCUGGUAUCCUUUUAUAUAAAGAAGUGGAGUUUCACUUCAACAGAUUUAAUAAUAGUCGAUACACGAGGGAACUGUGUGUUAACGUUCCUGCCGUUUCCCCAUAUGACGUUAUUAACAUAACACAUAACUGGUGGGGCACAACAAACGUUAGCGAUAUCCUUGACAAGAUUUGGGACUUUUACGACAACUAUGACGUGGCUAUUACCAAAAUAUGGCCAAUUCUUCUAAGUGGAGAUGCCUCGACAUUAAUUCCUAUCGGAGAUGGCGAAUUUACACCACAUGGCCGUUAUCUUGCAGGGAGACUGACGGAGUCUUUAAUACUCAAACUGUCUCAAAGCCCUUAUUUCAUAACUUCGGAUUUGUUUGUUACAGAAAAUGUCACUUUAGUCAUAGAGGCAGGUGUCAUGGUGAGAGUAAACCCAGGAAAGAGCAUACUUGUUACGGGAACGCUCAAGGUACACGGAACAUUUCUAAAACCGGUUACAUUUGCUAUUAAGAAGCCUGCAGACUUAAACAGCAAUUCUCAGUUACCCGUUCGUCUUAUGGAUGGUAGCUUCCCCUGGGAUGGGAGAGCAGAAGUGCUUUACAACAACACAUGGAAACCAAUUGCUGCUCCAAAGAUCAUAAAGGUUAACAAUAUCUCUGAGGUACUAUGUAAACAGCUUGGGUAUGGUCCACCCCUUCUUACAAUUUGGAAGCCUGAUGUAUCUCAUCAAAAUACUACUGAGUUGUUCCUGGUAGAAUUCCAUUGUCAAGGGAACGAAACAGCACUAGAUGAAUGUUCUGGAAACCAGGCAGCGGUAAAUAAUACCAUCAUCCUGCAAGAGAUAAAAUGCCACGGUGUACCUUGGGGAAAUCUGCGCUUUGUGUCCCCUAGAGAGUCAAACAACUCCGAAUCGCAAUCAGUGUUGAAACAUGUUCAAUUUUUCCAUUGUGGAAAUCGCUUUGGAGUGUCUGUACCAGCUAUUGAAGCCGUGAUUAGUACUCCAAAACUUCAAUUUGUGACAAUAAAAAACUGCACUUCCGGCGGCUUAAGGAUCUUCUCUCCUGCGAACGACAUAUAUCUCAAUCACAGCACUUUUUACAACACUGGAGGUUCUGGUGUAAACAUGGUACAGACACGUAAUAACAUUGUGAUGGAGAGCUGCGAGUCAUCAAGAAAUCAUCGCGGCUUUUCCGUUGAAGAAUCAAACGCAGAAAAUAUUCCCCGUGUCUACCAUGGCCGAGUAUUUCUUUGCGAUAUAAAUAAAGCUGUUCUGAUAACGAAUGUCUCACUUCUCCACUUUCAUGUUACGAGGCCGAAAAACGCAUUGGUAUCAGUAACUUGCAAAAAAGUACUGACAGUAGUCGAGGGUCGAGGAAUAAAGCUGACACUGCUAUACGCUAAAGGAAGGACGGACAUGAGAGUUUACAGCUCUGCGACCACUUCCAAUUUGAUCAUCGAUAGCUCACACACGGGCUUAUCUGUUCUUGUACACAAUGAACUGUUCAUUCCACACAGUGUAGUUUUAUUGGAGUGGGCUGGUGACGUGAAUUCAGAAGUCGUUAUUUCAGUAGAAAACAUGAAUAUUGCAGACGGCCCUUGCACGUUUGAAGUUGGACUCUGUGGCUGGCAAACAUUCACCAACAUGUCAAUCAAUGGAAACAACGCUACAACAACUUGGAGAAGAGCUACUUAUCGGUGGCCAUUGUAUCUGAAGGACUACUCUUACUUCUCUUAUCCCGGUCGGUUUCUCUAUGUCAGUAAAAGCUACAGGGCGCACGUUCCAAGUGUACGUGCGAUCAUUAUCAGCCCUCUCAUAAAUAAGUUAUUCCGGGUCUGCUAUGCUGCGUUCGUUUACCGCUUGAGGAUACCUGAAGGAACUGGAUUGUCGCUUUACUUGGAAACAGGAAAAUCUUUUACAAUUAAUCAAAAGCUCAUCUGGCGUACCAAAAGUAUUUACGUGCCAAACUGGAGGAGAGUGGUUAUUGAAUUACCUCUCGACGGUAUCAAUAAUUACAGACUGUUGCUUGAAGCCCAUUACAACAAGUCAUCUUAUUACUCAAGAUACUACGUCGCUGUAGAUGAUAUAGAACUUAGGAGCUGUUCCCACAAAGGGGAACACCGAAUAUUCAACAGUGUUUUUAGGGCCAACACUCACGAGUCUAUUAACUAUAACUCAGUGUCUGACGGAAGCGAUAGACGACCUCUUUUCAACAUUGAACGUUGCGAGAUUAUUGACACACCAGUCUCCUCUUCAAAAGCGCCUCACAGGAGUGCUAUUUCCAUCGACAUCCAGAGCAACAGGUUUACGGUCGCUAACAACUUUGUCGCGGGUAACCGCCAAGGAGCGAUUAAGAUCAGUCUGGGAGGAAGCGACGAAUCAAGUUUGUUAAAAAGCUUGAUAAAAGGCAACACUUUCUCCGCGAAUGCCAAUGGUACUUUGACAGUAAAAGGAAGGAAGGGCUCCUACAGCUUUGUUCAUAUUGUCCACAACGCAUUCGACUGUAACCUUGGACAUGGAAGCACACUUAAACUUAGUAAUGUUCAGAGCGAGGUCGUGAAUAAUUUCUUUUAUAACAAUACUGGAUUGUACUCAAUCGAAUACGACUUCUCCAGCGCUCAGUCUGAUCAACAGAAAUGUGAACUUAACACGCUGUUUCUUAAGAGCGGCCUUGGCCAGAAUUAUGGUUUGACAAUCAUGUCCAACGGACCAAUGAAAUACCACAGAAAUAAUAUGAAAAAUCCACAAAAUCUUUAUGACUUGAGUUCAACGUUAAAUGCAGCAUCUGAACGGAUUGAUGCAACGCAUAAUUGGUGGGGGGUUGGAAUAGACCCUUCUGUUGGCUGGCGGGUUUUUGACAAUGAUGAUGACUACAGGCUGGUAUCUGUUGCUUAUAAACCUUUUGAAAAACUGCCCCCAAGAAAUAUUUUAUCCGUUGGAUGUCCUGCAAAUUGGCUGAAAGUUGGGUCGACUUGCUACAUUAUUAGAAGAGGUAGUAGAAGACUGAUGGAAGCUAAGGACUACUGCGAGUACUAUGGAGGACGAGUUGCGUCAAUAUCCAUACCAGAUGAAGUAGAGUUUAUCAACAUUGCACUAACAGCAAUUGCACCGAAUGGAAAAUCUCCUGUUCCAGUUUGGGUGUCAACUGAAGAUGACCUGGAGGAAAGAAUGAAUGGUCAAAGAUGCACCGUCUUAACACACUACAGAGUUCAGAAAGUUGUUCCGUGUGACAGUCUUUACCCAUUUGUAUGCACUAGAAUAGCUGUUAUCCGCUGUCCGAACGGCUGUUUCCAUAAUGGUGACUGUGUCGGUGCUACCUGCUUCUGCUACCGAGGGUGGACAGGACGCGACUGUUCGCAGUAUCACUGUAAUGAUAUACACAACUGUUCUGGCAAUGGACGAUGUGUUGGACCAAACGUGUGCAAGUGUUCUCCGGGUUAUCUAGGUCGAGGCUGUUCCUACUCGUACUGUUCGAAGUUUCGAAGCUGUUCGACUUGUUCCAAAGAUCCUUUUUGUGGCUGGUGUGACAGUGCCCAGCGUUGCAUGCCGGGAAACGCUUUCGGUUCCUCUUCUGAGCAGUGUCCAGACUGGUUCUAUUACAACUGUUACACUAUUGGCAGUGUAAAUCACUGUUCAAAUCAAAUACAGAGAGUCGAUUGCACCAACCGACAGUGUAACACGAGUCAAGAGGCAACUACUUUGGAGUCUUGCCAGAGGUGUACAGACCUUGAGAAGUGCUACAAUUACGUGGAUGACGACAAGUGCAGGGCAUGGAAUGCAACACGUUGUCCCAACGGUUUGAUCCAAGUAGAUUACACGGAUCCAAAGCGAAUCGAAAACAUUAUUUUACGAAACAAUGUCAAGGUCGUUGAUCCAAAUACUACCAUCAUCUACAGCUGUCCCGUUCUAUUGCCCGGUCAAGAUGAUGCAACUUCGGUGUUUGUUGCACCUAGAAGUCUGGGCAUUAAAGUUGGUGACGUGAUAUCCAGUGCACAAGCGGGUGGAAUAAUGCACAAAGUUAACAAGACUGCAAGUGUUGGGCCCUUCACAAUAAUACAGGGAACACUUUCUACGAUUGAGGAGGCGAUUCAAUAUGCAGAUUUUAUUCAGGAAGUUUCUCCAGUUAAGCUAGUUGAUGAUACAACUUUGGAUGAAGAACCAAACUUUGAAAACUUACAUGGCCUUUUGACUGGAAGUAUUAACUUGAACAGCUCGGCGGAUCUUCAUGUUUUUACGGCGGAGACGUCAGUCUACAAAUGGGUGGGACACAUCUAUAAAGUAGAUGAUGCUCUGGUAUCCUCUCAGUUUCUUGUAAUCAAUAAAACACAUGCUCUUGAUGUCAAGCCUGGAGAUGUGGUCCUCUCUAAUCAGAGUCAUGGGUUUAUUGAGAAGGUAGUCAGGGUCAAUCAGACUUCCGGUAUGGUAUUCCUAGAAACAGAGCUCGAACGGUGUACACAGAAUACCACUUGGACCAAAAGAUUUAAGUCUCGUAUUCCGGAUUCCUCGUUCGAUGAUGACUUAGUCUGCACAGGAGGUGACAACAGCCAUGGAUUGAUAAUAACUGAACCAGACCCUAUUCAAGAACAGAUAUCAGUCAAUGAUUCUAUCAUAGGAAGAACCAGCCAUCCCGUGCUUGCAAAGGUUGUGGAGUCACGCGUGUCUGGAGACUUCUUGCUGAUCGAAGUACUUCCCGUUUUGUCCGUUGUGAAUGGUUCAGCUAUCGCCAUAGCGACACUUGAUCAACUCCCACAAGAACACAGGAGACAAAAAAGAGCUGUCGAGACAAAGAAAGUAGAGAAAAAGAAAGACUUUUUAGAAAAAAAAAUAAAACUGAAAGGUUCAAGCUCCGUAACUGUCAAAGAGACGUUCGAAGUGGAUCCAAAAUUUACUGUCUCUUUGACAGAGGUCAAAGACAAAGACGAGGACGGGUUAUUCUAUACCAAAUACAGCUCUUUCAGUGUAGAAAUGGGUGCAACAUUAACCUAUGACGUUAGUGUACAUGUAGAUAUCAAAGCCAGCGUCAGUUUCGAGGAGUCCUUCGAUAUCCUUAAACCCAAACAGCUUGGGCCUUCCUUCUGUCUACCUAUAGUUAUCUGUGUUCCAUCCGCCUUCUUUCUCAAGGUGAAGGGCCAUGAGAAAAUAGAAGCAAAGGGAAAGGUGGAUUUCUUUCUGUCAUCAGCAAAUACGAUUGAUUUAGUAAUGGGAGCAGGCUGUUCUCAUUCCCAUGGCUGCCGAUCCACCAAUUCUGAUUUCACGUUCAAACAGGAGACUGGUUAUCGCCAUGCAUUUGAAACCAAGGUGUCUUCAAAAACUACACUCACUCCCACAUUGACUUUGAAAGUUCCUUCUACACCGAAAUUGUUAAAAAAGGCACUGAAAAAGGUUAAAAAGACCGUGAAAAAUGUCUUCUCUUUCUUUGGUUAUAAGCCAAGCGCAAUCAAAGAGACAACAAGCUAUUUGCCAGCUUUUGGAUUGAGUGUUGUGCUUCCUUUGAACCUCAAGGCGCUCUUUACACCUUGCAGCAAAAAGUGCUCCAGUAAGACGCCGGGACCUCACCAACUUCAAAUUAGCUACGGCCCCUCAAAAGUCGUUGGGAAAGUGCAGGUUUUCUUUCGCAAAAAGGAAACUACGUUGGUAGCCUUGAGCAAAGAUUUGAAAUCUGAAGGAAAAAAGAAAAGUGUGUGCCUCAAAUGUGUCAAACAUGUCCCUGUCUGUGAUUGUGAUAACGAAGACGACGAUGAUAAUGAUAAUGAUGAUGAUAACGAUGAUGAUAACGAUGAUGAUAACGAUGAUGAUGACAAUGAUGAUGACAAUGAUAAUAACAAUACGAAUAAUGAUGAGAAUGUCAAUGACGAUGACAACGACAUUAGUGACGAAAUAAAUCCAAAAAAUUACCCAUGCGGUAAAAAACCAUGUUGUGUGGUGGGCAGGAAGGGAAACCAGUGUACUCAACCAGAUGUACAACCUAACUCAGUGGACUGUUCUGGCAAUGGUGUUCCCUUAGCCACGUCAGACUGCGGGUCUCGUUGCUUUUGCUCAGCCAGGUGGACUGGGUCUUCUUGCGAAACGAGGCGACCUUGGUGGAACUGGGGUGAUCCUCACCUUGGAACUUUAGAUGGUAUCGAGUACGACUACUUCGGCAUCGGUGAAUUCUGGGGAUGUAAAAGCGUCUUAAAUGACUUUGGAAUUCAGUUCCGCUACUUUGCUUAUCAGCGAGCGUCACUGACAGGAGGCGUGGCUAUUAAGGCGGGGCGGAGUGUGCUUUCAAUCAUGACCGUCAACACGAGUGACUCUAAAGAAUUUCCAAAACUAAGACUGGAUGGAACGCUGAUGAAUAUAUCAGCCCAUGCCGGGAAAAAAAUGAAGCUCAGUAAUGGGACUGUGGUGAUUGAUUUUCAAACGACGUUCGACUCAAAAUCAGACGAGGGUUCACUUAUACUUCUAUCAUUGCAGUUCGAGUCAGGUCUAACAAUCACAGCAGAUGUGAGUCACAGUCCAAAGAUGGGUCGCCAGUAUAUGAAUGUAUUGUUCACACCAACUGUAGCAUUCAAGGGCCACACUGCGGGACUCUGUGGAGUGAUGGACAAUGACCCUUCCAAUGACUUGAGAGGCCCAAAUGGAGAGCAAUUUAAUGAUCCUAUUCAGUUUGCUGAUUCCUGGCGUAUAACCGCUGUUCAUAACAGCUCCGGCCUUCCAGGAACGUGGUCAUGGAACUCCUCAAACUUUCACAGAGAUGACGUCAUGGAUUUUUCCUACAAGGACCCAAAUCAUGAUCCAUUGUACUCAUUAAAUGGAAUUGAUGACGCUAUUGUCGCGAAAGCUACGGCAGCCUGUUCGUCACUUGGACUUUCUGAUGCCCUGCUACAGAACUGUAUUUAUGACGUGGCCGUAACAAAUGAUACGUCACUUGCUGGUCAAGAGAGCCUGAAACAAAGUUGUCCCAAUCAAUGUUCUGGAAAAGGAAGAUGUCUUAACUCCACUUGUCAAUGUAUGGCUGGUUGGUCUGGAGACAGCUGUCAAUUUGGUAACUGCACAGACUGCAACACUAAGCAUGGGAGAUGCGUGAAAGGAUUUUGUGAAUGUAGUGAUGGCUGGGAAGGAGUCACUUGUGAUCAGAAAGCCACAUGCAACAACGUCAAUAACUGUACAAGCCCAAGCAACGGAAUAUGUUGGAGGACAGAUCAGUGUCGCUGUCAUGACGGAUAUAUCGGACGUGACUGCAGUAUCGCUCCUACGUGCUCAAAUGUGUCUGAUUGCUCUGGAAGAGGGGUCUGUGUUGACUAUGACGUAUGCAAGUGCCAGAAGGACUGGACCGGAAAAGACUGUACCCAGUUCUCCUGUGGAUCUCUCGACUAUUGCUCCAAACGCGGAAGAUGUGUAGCUCUUUUUAAGUGCGACUGCGAUCCAGGCUGGACAGGAGUCAGCUGUGCUAUCCCUGAUUGCGCAGGUGUCAACCAGUGCUCUGGUCAAGGCGUGUGCGUGUCGAGCAACGCAUGUCGAUGUUACCCAGGAUUCCAAGGAAAAAACUGCAGUGACGUUCCAGAUUGUGCGUUUCUUAGAAACUGUAGUGGGAACGGAGUUUGCAUGCAGGGGAAAAAUGACAAAAAUGUUUCUUGCAGGUGUUACUCCGGGUUUAGCGGUGCUAACUGCAGCAUUCCCUCCUGUCACUCAGUAAAUAAUUGUUCUGGUCACGGUGUCUGUGUCGAGGCAAACCUUUGCAAAUGUGAUGUGGGGUACACUGGGGCAGACUGUUCAAAUACUUCAUGUGAAGGUGUUAAUUACUGUUCAGGUCACGGCGUCUGCACCGGUUAUGACUCAUGCGCCUGUGACACUUUAUGGCAUGGUGCAGCUUGUAGUGACGCAGAUUGUUCCAGUGUUAAUGACUGUUCAAAGAAAGGUGACUGCAUUUUACCGAACACUUGCGAGUGUUACCCUGGAUAUGACGGUGCAGCGUGUAAUGUGACGGCUAAACCGAACCUCCACGCUCCGGUUUUUGCUGCACCUCUUUACAAUGCCUCUGUGCUGGAAAACAGUCCUUUGGGAACGACGAUUCUCCGAGUGCAAGCUAGCGAUGCCGACACAGGCCGAAAUGGGAAGCUUUUUUUCGCGAUUGAUAACAGUAAUGACGCGAGCAUGGCAUUUACGAUCGACAGCAUCUCAGGUGACAUUCUUACAUCUUCGGCGUUCGAUUAUGAAAGUUCCUUUCCCAAACUGUUCAAGCUGAAGAUCGUGGCUUCGGAUGACGGAGCUCCACGCAAGUCAAGCUUUACAGUCGUGUACAUCAAAGUUGUUGACGUUAACGACCACUGCCCGAUCUUUCAAUCACCUCAAACCACCCGGUUCAAUAUCUCGCAGCAUACUCAUAUUGGGACCCUUCUGACUGUGGUGUCAGCCAGCGAUGAGGAUAGUGGGCUCAACGGAGAAGUGAAAUACAGCUUAUCACACUUAAGGGACGAUGGAGGGGUCUUUAAAGUGGGUGAACAAAAUGGAAAACUAAUAGUUGCUGCAGAACUUCUGGCUAAAUUGUACCGUCUGGAUGUCGUUGCAUAUGAUCUAGGAAAUGUUUCGUGCUCUCGUCGUCUUGAUAUCACUGUAAACGUCCACGCUGAACCAGAGACAAAGACUACAAUACUUGCUCGCACAGAAGCCAAACCCAGCUCUCCAAGUACGAGUACGAUCACGACAACAAACACUAAAGAGAUUCCAGUUGAGGCGCCCACCAAAAGUUGGUAUAUACAUUCCUUAGUGAUCUUUGGAAUUUCCGUCAGCGGAUUCAUUUUUAUCGUUGUCGCUAUAAUUAUUCUCCUGGUUAUCCUCUCACAUAAGUUGAAGCGUAGAGUCAAGCCAAUCGACGACGAUCCUGUCAACCGAAGUGCUGUUAACCCGCUACCUGUGGAGGACUCUGAAGAGAAACGAGCUAGAAUUGUUUCGCGUGGAAUCAAGACAACGGAGGCAUAUGAGAUGAACAGUAUGCCAUGCGUAGAUUAGCGAUUCUUUAAAAAUCGGUUUAGUAUUACAAGUUGCAGUACAAAAAGCAUUAACCGCUAUAUAAAAUAAUGGUUUUGGCGUAACCUUUCUGUGAGAAAAAAGUUUGCUAACAUUGCCACUAUCUUUAUCAUGUGGCGUUUUUUUUUUCUUUUCAAACUAAUCUUAAAACAAAGUAUGCGCGGGAAGAUUUGGUUGAGAAAUAACCUCUGAAGUAGCUUCGCUUCUUGACUGUAAAUACAGAGGUAGGGUAUUCUGAGUUAUUUCGGCAGUUUUAGUUCUUGUAAAUAGUCAUUUAAAAAAAAUUGUCUUUCUCGAACUAGUCGUUAGAUUUGAAACAGAGUUUUCGUUAGAAUAACUGAAAGAUAUCUAUCCCUUUAGAGCCUCAUGAACUGCUUUAUUACUGUUUAUAUUGACAGAGACUCAUACUUAUAUUGUGUCUACGCUAUACUACUCACUACAUUUCAACGCUCGUCAUAUAAUAUCAAAUAUAAACUAUCGCAAUGAUUGCAUUUUAAGUGUACCAUUGAAAAUGAUAUG